AAUGGAUUAGGAUAACUACUACUAAGAUAGAUUAGAAGUUGAAUCUCUUUAAUAACGUCUACAAAAAACAAAAUUUUUAGAAGAUGAAUUUGAAAAUUAAAAUAAUUAAUUCAAACCUACUCAUAUGAGAGGUUUGUAGCCAGUUUCUUUUAGUGAUACCGAAAUAAAAUCCAAUCGUUAAUAAACGUGUUAGUUUAAAGUUCUUUACAAACGAACUGUUCCAUUAAAUUUGAAAUUUGAAUAGAAGAGUUAAUCAUAAUGUCACUCAGAAUCAAAAUCUCAAAUUGUAAAAAUUAGAAAAAGAAUUGCUAAAAAAUUAUUUAAAUAAAGCAAAACCAAAUGA